AAAUGUCGUCAAAAUAAAAUUGUUAAAAUUGUGCGACAUGAAUCUUUAAAAAUGUCUCUCGUAAAAGGUUUAUAACAAAAGCUGGUUAGAACAUGAAAAUUUUAUUUACAACAUAUAUCAAUAUAUAAUUAGACAAUCUAUCAUAGUUAAAGGUGAAGAGAAGUGGUAAAGUGUGAAAGUAAUGACUAUACUGAUGAAUGACCCAGAAACUUUCACAACCGACAGAAAAACUGAAGAAAAUACUCCAUUUUUCUAUGAUAAAAGCAGCAAUGGGAAUAAUCGAUCGAAUGUUUCUUAUCAUUAUAAUCCAGAAGCAAGUCGAUAUCAUUAUGGGGCAUUACAUCCUAUGAAACCAUUCAGAUUGAUGUUAACUGAUCAUUUGGUGAUAUCAUAUAAAUUAUAUGAAAAGAUGGAUUUAUUCAUCCCUAGAAGAGCAACUAAAGAUGAAUUACUUGAAUUCCAUGCUGAAGAUUAUGUCAACUUUUUACAAACAGUGACGCCACAUACAAAGAUCAGUGAUCAAGUGCUAGCUCAAUUCAAUAUAGGAGAUGACUGUCCUGUAUUUGAUGGGAUGUAUGAUUAUUCCACUAUCUAUGCUGGUGCUUCAUUAGAUGCCUCAAGAAAAUUAAUAAGUGGUAUGUCUGAUAUAGCCAUCAAUUGGUCAGGAGGAUUACAUCAUGCAAAGAAAUUCGAACCAAGUGGGUUCUGUUAUGUUAACGACAUUGUAUUAAGUAUUAUAAAUCUAUUACGUGUACAUCCAAGAGUGAUGUAUAUUGAUAUUGAUUUACAUCAUGGGGAUGGAGUUCAAGAAGCAUUUUAUACAACUGAUAGAGUAAUGACUGUAUCAUUUCAUAAAUAUAAUGGGGAAUUUUUCCCUGGUACAGGAUCAGUUGAUGAAGUUGGUCUUGGUAAAGGGAAAAACUAUGCUAUAAAUGUACCAUUAAGAGAUGGUAUAGAUGAUGAUUCUUAUAUACGGUUAUUUAAACUGAUAAUGGAACCUUUAAUAACCAAAUUUCAACCAACUUGUAUAGUUCAACAAUGUGGGGCUGAUUCCUUAGGGUAUGAUAGAUUGGGAUGUUUCAAUCUAAAUAUAAGAGCCCAUGGAGAAUGUGUUAAUUUUAUAAAAUCAUUUGGUCUUCCAAUGUUAGUGGUUGGAGGUGGUGGUUAUACUCCAAGAAAUGUAUCAAGAUUAUGGUGUUAUGAAACAUCAGUAUUAAAUGAUGUUAAUUUAGAUCCCAAAAUACCGAAUUACCUUCCUACCUAUGAUUGGUUUGGACCGGAUUAUUCUUUACAUCCUCAAUUAGAUGGUAGAAUAGAUAAUAAGAAUUCAAAGAAAUAUCUUGAAAGUGUUAAGCAAGAAAUAUUGGAACAAAUACGGUACUUGAAUCAUGCUCCAUCAGUUCAAAUGCAGGAAAUACCGCCUGAUAUCACUGGGUUAACUGAAGAUGAAGAGCAAAUGAUAAAAGAAUUGAAUGAAGAAUCAGAAUCACAACGGGCAAAUAAACAAUUAAAAGAUGAAGCAAGAGAUGGUGAAGUUAUGGUAUAACACAUUCUCUAUAUGGGUUAAACAUCUUAAUGUUAAUUUCUACUAUAUGACAUCCUUUAGUUAGACCUUAACUUAUUUAAUAUACAAUUUGACUUGUACAUACCAUACCCUUAGUAAUUUAUCGUAAUUGUAAUUAUAGACGGUUGCACAAAAGCCAUUAUGGAACGCGUUAAAUAAAUAAAAAAAAAAAAGUUGAUAAUUUUU